AUGGCUCGUGGACCGAAGAAGCAUCUUAAGCGUCUAGCAGCACCGAAGCAUUGGAUGCUUGACAAACUCGGUGGAGUGUUCGCUGUUAGACCAAGAAGUGGACCACACAAACUGCGGGAAUGCCUCCCAUUGAAUCUGUUUCUUCGUAAUCGUCUUAAGUACGCAUUAAACUACUCUGAAGUGAGGAAGAUCUUACGACAAAGAGUCGUUAAAGUCGAUGGGAAAAUUCGUACUGAUCAUAAAUUCCCGGCUGGUUUCAUGGACGUGAUCAGCAUUGAGCGAACAAAUGAAACUUUCCGUCUGCUCUAUGACGUCAAAGGACGCUACACUGUGCAUCGAAUAACGCCCGCCGAAGGACAGUUUAAACUUUGCAAGGUUAAGGCUCUUCAUGUGGCCAAGAAAAACAUUCCCUUCAUCACCACGAAUGACGGGCGCACUAUCAGAUAUCCUGACCCACAUAUAAAGGUGAACGACACUGUCGUCAUAGAUCUUACUUCCAACAAAAUCACAGACUUUGUCAAAUUUGAAGCGGGAAACCUCGCCAUGAUUACUGGCGGCCGUAACGUUGGUCGUGUCGGUGUUAUUGGACAUCGUGAAAAACUUCCUGGAGCUUUCGACAUCAUUCACAUUAAAGAUGCUGCUGGACACUCCUUCGCCACUCGCGUAACGAACGUCUUCGUUAUUGGAAAAGGCAACAAGGCUCUCGUUUCACUACCACAUGGCAAAGGUAUCCGCCUUACAAUUGCUGAAGAAAGAGAUAGAAGAUUGGCUCAAAAGAAAGCUUGA